CCCCGGGCGCUGCGCGGCGGCCGCAGAAGAGGAGGAGACCGGCGGGCCCGGGAGGAGAGGCGCGGAGGGGAGCGGAGCUAUGUUAAACCCGGGAUACCGCUGAGGCGGGGCGGGCCAGGCCACAGGCGGGGGCUCUCCGGCAUCGGGCGCGCAGGGGCCCGGCUCCCGAGGCGGCGGCAGGCAGCAUUUCGGCGCGGAGAGCGGCUCCGCAGCCACCGAGCCAAUGAACAUGUCAGUGUUGACUUUGCAGGAAUACGAAUUCGAGAAGCAGUUCAACGAGCAUGCGGCCAUCCAGUGGAUGCAGGAGAACUGGAAGAAAUCAUUCCUAUUUUCAGCUCUGUAUGCUGCCUUUAUAUUUGGUGGUCGGCACCUAAUGAACAAACGAGCAAAAUUUGAACUGAGGAAGCCAUUAGUGCUCUGGUCCCUGAGCCUUGCCGUCUUCAGUAUAUUCGGUGCUGUUCGAACUGGUGCUUAUAUGCUGUACAUUUUGAUGACCAAAGGCCUGAAGCAGUCAGUGUGUGAUCAGAGUUUUUACAUUGGACCUGUCAGCAAAUUCUGGGCAUAUGCGUUUGUGCUAAGCAAAGCACCCGAACUGGGUGACACAAUAUUCAUUAUUCUUAGGAAACAGAAGCUCAUCUUCUUACACUGGUACCAUCACAUUACUGUGUUACUUUAUUCUUGGUAUUCCUACAAGGACAUGGUGGCUGGCGGUGGCUGGUUCAUGACCAUGAACUAUGGAGUACACGCUGUUAUGUACUCUUACUAUGCCUUGCGGGCUGCUGGCUUCAGAGUUUCACGCAAGUUUGCCAUGUUCAUCACCUUGUCGCAGAUCACUCAGAUGUUGAUCGGUUGCGUGAUCAAUUACCUGGUCUUCUUCUGGAUGCAGCAUGGCCAGUGCCAUUCCCACGUGCAGAACAUCAUCUUGUCCUCUCUCAUGUACCUCAGCUACUUUGUGCUCUUCUGCCAUUUUUUCUUUGAGGCCUAUAUUGGCAAAACCAGAAAAGAAAGGAAGGUUGACUAGUGGUAGAAACGAGAAGCCAUAGCUCAGGGUCAUCAAGAAAAACAAAAUUAUAAGAAAAGAAAAUGGCACAAGGAAACACAUAUAUGUAUGGUGCAGCUAAAUCUUGGCAGCUUAGGGAAAGUUAGCUUGGUUUAACCCAGUAAGUUUAUGAUCCUAUCAUGGUGAGAACUCACUGAAUUCUACUCUAUCUCAAAGGACUGCUGGUGAAAGACAACUUCCUUCUUGUACCUGCCUGCUCUAGAAAAGAAAGGAGAAAAGAAAGAAGAAUAAAAAAAAAAAAAAAAAAGAAAAGAAAAGAAAAAAGGGAAGAAAAGAAAGAAGAGAAAAGAAAUGAGGGGAAAAAGGUUACAUUAAAUAAGCAUUGUGUUUCCCCAGGGUGGAGGAAAGACUUACUUAAAAGAAAGUUUCUAAAUCCUUUCUAAUAUUUUUUCAGCAUUAAACUUGAACAAAGCAAAGCAGAGAGGUUACAAAAAGAAAAACAAAUCUGCCUGUGAUAACAGCGCAAUUGCAGAAUUAAAAUAUUUUCCAUAUAGGGUUGAUACCUUUAGCCAAAAUGAAACCCAAAAGGUUGUUUUCUGCAUGGAAGGUGGCUGAAAUCCACACUGUGGUCAUGUAUGGAAAAGAGAAGAGAUUGAUUUCUCCACUAUGUACUCUGCCAGGGGAGCAGAUCUGGCAUGCAGAGUUGCCUCCCUCAGAAGGCAGAAAGGAGCAGUACAAGAGUUUAAUGUGAAAAGAUGCACUGUUGCAAUACGUAUCUCAGAGAGUGCAUUUUCCAAGUGCAUUUUUCACUUAAAAGCAAGGAGUUUUUACAGCAGGAUAAGUCAUAGAGGGUUAAAUCAACCAAUAUUUGCUAAAUUACCAGGGGCUAAUGGCAGAGGGAUGUUCAGGAAGGAGAGGGAGGCAACUGUCCUCGUGAUUUUUAGAAAUUACCUGUUAAUUUCCAUUUAACCCACAGCAACACUGAAUUAAAUGAGGGAAAUCAGAAGAAAUCCUAGUUAGCGGGAAGAGAGUGAUGUAUCUGCCCACUGUUUUCAGAACAAUGCCCCGUGGUACAAUACGGAUUCUGUAUUUUUGUGGACACAAGGAUACCUGCCUGGGUGGGAAGAGGCGUCAGGACUGUGCGACAUUGGGAAACACUGUGCUUCUGCAUCUGCCUCCUGGGCAGUGCAAAGAUGUUCAAAGUGCCCUCCUCUGGUCAUGUGGAGAUACUACUACAAAACAUACUUGGAAUAGGGUUUUCUUGAGAUUUGUGUAGAGAAAAAAAUAGUCUAAACAGAGUAAUUUUGCUGCAACAGCUUAACUCUAAAGUCCAGAGAGAAUUACCCUUUGUUAAGUACAUCUCUCUGUAGAAUCUGUACUAUAACAUCAGACUGACCACUUUAGAAGAUGCUCUUUCUUCUCUGAAGUCGGCUACAGAUGUAAAGAGAAAUGUAUUUCACUCUGAACCUUAGAGAGUUAGUUGAGAACAGCCAUAUUUUCUGUCAAAGACAAGUAGAUUGCAUUAUCUGUGAGAUUCCAGUCCUUAAAAAGCCAAAUAAAAUGUGUAAAAGUUCCUAGUAUUUCAAAGACACAAGUAUGUAAACUUGAUGUUAAAUGUGUUAAUGUAGUAUUCUAAAUUGUAUCAGUUAGGUAGUUUAACUAAACAAUUAGAAGAACUAGAUCAACAAAAUAGGGACUGCUGUUCUGCAUAGAAUAUACACACACCUAUAACUACACCCAUAUACACAUUCUGUGAAUUUUCAACAAGAAAAAAAAGCCCAGUGGCAGAGAAUCACAUUUCCUGGCUAAUGCAAAAGAUUGUCAUUAUCUUUCUUGCUUUAAUUUGAGAUUGUACAGUACAAAGAUUUUUUUUUUUAUUAUGAUUUUUAGCUUUAAUUGUGCUGUCAUUCAUGAAACAGAGCUGCUUAUUAUCCUGUUAUGAAAUGACAAGGGCUUUUGGUGUCUCAUUCUAUACAAAAGAAAAACAAAUAAAGCUACAUUCCAUGUUAUGUGAAUGGUCUAACAAAUCAAAAAGCCUUUGCAGGCUAAAAUCAUAACUGUAACAAGCAGAAGAUGA